CCAUCACAGCAACAAGAAACAGGAUCCCUGCCUACCUGCUUGCCUGCCUCCCCUGCAAGGGAUGGUCAAGGGCAUGGAGGCGCCCGAGAACCCCAACUUCAGGCGAAUGGCCAUCCGGAGGAAAUCCAACCCCACUCUGCACAGCGCUGCUGCGGUUUUCUCGGGCGCCCCGACACCGCCUAUUCGGCCGCCAAACCUCCGGGAAACCUGCUCAAGCCCAGGUGGCAGCACAUGUCCAAAGAUCCUAACUCCACUCUGCUCAGCAAACAGCACAGCUAGGCUAUAUGAGCCAGGCAUUGGCUAUGAAGUGGCACAGGGGAUAAAUGGAAACUUGCCAGUUAAGCACUCCCCACGGCCAACUUCACAUCCAAAACCACAAGUGCCUCCAAAGCCAUUACAUCUGCAGAACUCACAGUCAUCCAUUGCCCACCAGUCCCCUAGGCAUAAAGCUUUAUAUCCCACGAAGUCAAGAAUGGAGCAAGUUACUCCUACCUCUUCUUGUGUGUCAAAAGAAAAAAGUAGUAAAGUGUCUGAUCUCAUCAGUCAUUUUGAAGGAGGCAGCUCAUCCAUUACUAGUGAGUUGAAGAAAGAACUCUCUGUUCUAAAUGUUUCUAAAUCUCAAGGAAAGCAUAGAUCAGCAUCAUCACCUCAGCCAAAAUUCCUCACCCAGCAUCCUCUCCAGAAGCAGGGAAAUGGUACGGAUCAUUCUCAGGAUGUACAGAACCGCACAGCCAAUGGAGUAGUAGCACAGGGUCAGUUGGACUGCAGGGACGGCACAUUAUCAAUCCAUGAGGCCAACGGGGCCAUUCAAAAUGACAAUGCUUCGUCUAACAACAGCAUGGUAAAUGGGGAAAGAGAAAGCAACUGUAUGGACUCAUUGCAAAGCACAGCAUCUUGUAAAACACAAAUGAUCAAUAGCUGCUGCCGGACCCCAAGUGUGAAUACAUUUCCAUCUGGAAAAGAAACUGUGGAAAUGAUUACCAAUACAGAUGAUAAGCAGGUUGAGGAGCACAAUAAGCGAGACUCAAGUGUAGAGUCAAAGGAGACAAACGAACAGAAGUGUUACAAGAUUGCUAAUGAGCUUUUGCACACAGAGAGAGCAUAUGUUAGCAGACUUGCUCUCUUGGAUCAGGUGUUUUAUUGUAAACUGAUGGAAGAAACUAACAGGGGGUCAUUUCCUGCUGAAGUUGUUAACAAAAUCUUCUCCAAUAUUUCAUCCAUAAAUCAAUUCCAUAGUCAGUUCUUGCUGCCAGAGCUUGAGAAAAGGAUGCAAGAAUGGGACACAAACCCCAGGAUUAGUGAUAUCCUGCAGAAGUUAGCGCCUUUCCUGAAGAUGUAUGGAGAGUAUGUGAAAAAUUUUGACAAUGCAAUGGAACUGGUGAAAACAUGGACUGAGCGAUCACCUCUCUUCAAAUCCAUUAUUCAAGAUAUUCAGAAACAGAAAGUCUGUGGAAACCUGACCUUGCAGCAUCACAUGCUGGAACCAGUACAACGCAUCCCACGAUACGAGAUGCUUCUGAAGGACUACCUAAGAAAGUUGCCUCAGGACUCUUUAGACUGGAAAGAUGCUGAAAAAUCCCUGGAAAUAAUAUCGACAGCAGCAAGUCACUCAAAUAGUGCCAUACGGAAAAUGGAAAACUUGAAGAAGUUGUUAGAGGUUUAUGAAAUGUUGGGAGAAGAAGAAGAUAUAGUCAACCCUUCAAAUGAACUCAUAAAAGAAGGGCAGAUCCUAAAACUUGCUGCUCGGAAUACAUCUGCCCAAGAAAGAUACCUUUUUUUAUUCAACAAUAUGUUGCUGUACUGUGUCCCCAGAUUUAGCCUAGUUGGAUCUAAGUUUACAGUUCGGACAAGAGUCGGCGUUGAUGGUAUGAAGAUUGUGGAAACGCACAAUGAGGAAUACCCACACACAUUCCAAGUGUCUGGGAAAGAACGGACUUUGGAAUUACAAGCCAGUUCUGAACAAGACAAAGAGGAAUGGAUAAAGGCUCUCCAGAGUACUAUAGAUGCCUUUCAGCAGAGGAAUGAAACAUUCAGAACUGCCAUUGCAAAAGAGUAUGAUGACAUGCCUAUUGAAGUCUCUACUGCUGAACUUGGGAAGAGAGCACCAAGAUGGAUUCGAGACAAUGAAGUCACCAUGUGCAUGAAAUGCAAAGAGCCCUUCAAUGCGCUGACAAGGAGGAGGCAUCACUGCCGAGCAUGUGGGCAUGUGGUUUGCUGGAAAUGUUCUGACUACAAAGCUCAUCUCGAGUAUGAUAGCAAUAAACUGAACAAGGUUUGUAAAGACUGCUACCACAUUAUAACAGGGUGUACAGACAGCGAAGAAAAGAAAAAAAGAGGAAUCUUGGAGAUUGAAUCAGCAGAAGUGUCAGGAAACAGUGUAAUAUGUAGUUUUCUCCAAUAUUUGGAAAAAUCCAAAACCUGGCAAAAGGCUUGGUGUGUUAUUCCUAAACAUGAAGCCCUCGUAUUAUAUAUGUAUGGUGCACCACAGGAUGUGAAAGCUUCUGCUACUAUUCCCUUGUUGGGCUACAUUGUGGAUGACACCCCAAGAAGUGCUGACCUCCCCCACAGUUUCAAAUUGACUCAGUCCAAGUCUGUGCACAGUUUUGCAGCGGACAAUGAGGAACUGAAGCAGAAGUGGCUGAAAGUCAUCCAUUUAGCUGUCAAGGGUGAAACACCAGACUGUCCAAACGAUUUGAGGAUGAAUUUGGAGGAUCAGCACGAAAGCUCUGCAAAACUGGAUUCUGAAACUUGAGACAGCAAAUGGUCUGUAGGAUAUAAAUUCUUUUGCUCCGUGCAAAGUUGGUUUGACACUACUUCUGAAGAGAACAAAAAAGCCAGCCUUCUUAACUCUAUACCAUAUUUCUUAGCACUUUAUGUUGGAAAAGAAAAAGAAAAUGUUCCUCUUAGUGAAAAAAUUCUUAUAUUUAUGUUGUGUCAAUAAAAUUUAUGUACAGAGCCAUUCCCACAUUUUCUUUUUAUUACAUGAAUGUCUUUAUCAAAUCGUUACCAAUAUUACGGUACUACUUACAUUUCCAAUAAAAUUACAUCCUUUGAAAUGAAUGCUGUUAGGAAAAGAAAUUGUGGCUUUCAUAAUUAAUGUCAGUCCUGGUAUAUCUUGGUUGUUUUCUAGUAUUCAUAGCCGUGUGCUUCAAAGUUAGGCCUCCACAUUGCCAAAAUAGAAGUGUAGUGGAAUGUAAAGACAGUUUGGCUUAUUGUAUCUAAAAUUUAGCACUAUUUACACUGUAUAUACAUUCUGUCAGUUAAAAAUAGAACAAUACCCAGAGUGUCUAAAAUGUCAAAUUAGCUAUUUACAAAAACUCAUACUACUUUUCCAUUUUAAAAUACAUUAAACAAUAAGUACAGUAUAUAAUAUUUGCAGGGUAUAUAGCAUUAGAGGGGAAAUGUGCUAUAUUUAAUUCAGAUUUUGACUUCAUUAUGUUAGGGUCAUUCUAGUGGAUUGUAAAAUAAAGCAUGCUUUCUCCUAAAAAAUGAGCAGGGGGUUCUACAUUCCAAGCAACUAGUGACUUGUUUAUAUCUUAUGGUAUCCAUAUUUUUAUACAGUAAUACAGAUCUUUUUAAAAGUUGCAGUGAAUCAAUGGCAUGCAGUGGGUAUCAGUAUGUGAAUUCUAGCUGUAUAAUAAUAAUAAUUUCUGUUCUAAGUCCCGUGCCUGUGACCUUUGGGAGCUGGUGCUACCUUUUUAAAAUUACAAGUGCUUCAGUACUUAACAGCCUGUUCUUAAAUGAUCACUUUCUGAUCAUAACGUUUUGCCUUUAUAGUUGGUCGAGAACACCCAGACCUUAAUCUUCUUGCUCAGUUCAGUCCAUUUGCCUUGAGUCUCAUUGAGAGAAAAGUGGUAUAUAAACAAAUAAUAAUAAUUAUUAUUGUUACUAUUAUCCAAACAUCACUUCAAAUCAUGAUUAAGAGAGGGUGGGUAUAUUUUAUAUGAUGUCUAAAUGCACAAACCAUGGUCUAGUUGCUUUUUUCCCCCAUGUCUGGAGCAACUUGAGAAACUGCAAGUCGCUUCUGGUGUGAGAGAAUUGCAAGGACGUUGCCCAGGGGACGCCUGGAUGUUUUACUAUCCUAUGGGAGGCUUCUCUCAUGUUCCCACAUGGGAAGCUGGAGCUGACAGAUGAAAGUUCACCCCACUCCCCGGAUUAGAAUCGCCGACUUUUCAGUCAGCACAAGGGUUUAACCCAGAGUUUUUCAAACUGUGGGUCCCCAGGUGUUUUGGCCUACAACUCCCAGAAAUCUCAGCCAGUUUACCAGCUGUUAGAAUUUUUGGGAGUUGAAAGCCAAAACAUCUGGGGACCCACAGGUUGAGAACCACUGGCUUAACCUAUUUCGCCACCGGAGCUCCCGUCUAAAUGCAUAAACCAAGGUUUGUGAUCUGCCAUUAAAAACAAUAAAACCAUGUUUUGUGCAUAGACUGACAUGAUCUUUUAAAAGGAUAGAUCAUAUAUAUUUAAGCCAUCUCUCUGCUUGCAUUGGGAAAGUAGAAUACUGAGCUGAAAGGGGGGAAAAAGAUGAAAAUUUGAUUUCCCUGAUUUGGAAGCUGUAAUUGGUUUGAGUCCCAGCUUUGGAUUUGGAUAACUCUUGAUUUGUUGAGAUACCUGAACUGAGUCCUUUGUAACCCCCACAAAUUGUACACAUCUUGCAACAGUUAAUACUACUGUAUUGGCUGUUUCAUGUGAUACGCAGGCAUUAAAAUGGGUUGCAAAUCUGCCACUUCUAUAUUUGCAUGAAUAAAUAUUACAUAAUACAUAAUACUAUGUCAUAUGUGUGAACACUAAUAUUGAGGUAAUUAUUCCUUGCCAAAACCUGAGUGCUUGGAUCUUACUGUAGUCUUCAAAAGCAUUCUUAGAGAAAGAGUCCACCUGAACAUGAGUAAGAACUUCCUCAUUGUGAGAGCUGUUCAGCAGUGGAACUCUCUGCUCUGAAGUGUGGUGGAGGCUCCUUCUUUGGAGGUUUUUAAACAGAGGCUGGAUGGCCAGUUGUCGGGGUGCUUUGAAUGCAAUUUUCCUGCUUCUUGGCAGGGAGUUGGAUUGAAUGGCCUACGAGGGCUCUUCCAACUGUAUGAUUCUUUGAUUCUAGGCUGCAAUCCUGUCUUCAUUUGCCUCGGAGCAACUCUGAUAGGAUUUAUUGGCCCUUACACAGGCUUGUUUUGCUAAUAACGUUAUGUAGUAUUGAGCCAAAAUUGAUCAAGUCAUAGUCGCAGCUUUAUUGUAAUCUAAUAUUUAUUCAAUUUGUGGUGAUAUAUUUGUGCUAACUUAAAACUCAAGGAAACAAUUUUGACAAUUACGAUGGCAAGUAACUGGAAAAAGCAACUGAGGUUUCUUCUGCUGCAUUGCCACCAUUCAUAAAUGUUAAAUGGCAAAAUGACUAUUGAUAGUUCACUUGAAGAUGUAUUUACACAGUCUGCACCCAAUUUUAAAGACCAGUCAUGCUUACUGUAUGAUAUGGGUUUUAUCUUGCUCUCAUUUUUGCUCAGAGCUCUCUUUCCAACUUACAACUGAUAUUUUUGAGUAUUUCCCAAUGCUGUCCAAGGUAUGUGGUGUUCAUAAGCAGUGUGAUAAAGGGGGAAACAGAACCUUCAAGCUAACAUUCAGAUUCAUUCAUUCAUUAAUGGAUAAGUGCCAGUACUGUCACAUAAAUGGAGGAUUAACCUAUUGCAUUUAACCAAAGGCUAUUCUAGAGUCCUGUUCCCACAUUCAGAUGCCUGUGGAAAAGCACAGGUCAGACAACAACAGCCAUCUGCUUAUGUUCCCCAGAACUGAUACUAAGGGCCCUUCCAUACAGCCCUAUAUCCUAGAAUAUCAAGGCAGAAAAUCCCACAUUGUCUGAGUAUACACUCAGACAACCCAGUUCAAAGCAGAUAUUGUGGGAUUUUCUGCCUUGAUAUUCUGGGAUAUAGGGCUGUGUGGAAAGGCCCUGAAAGUUAUACUGUAAUACUAGAGUUAAUCCAUAAUAAAUAGCAGUAAUUGUUGACUUAAUUCUCCAUAAAUUGGUCUAGUUGACUAAAUCAAUCCAAGCUGCCAGCCAUCAUUACAUCUUGUAGGAAUAAAUCCCAAAAUUUGACUAUGCAGCUUGUGUACAAAAGUUACUUCUCUUUAAAAGAAGCUUUCAGCUUCGUCGGGCGGCUCAGGUCAUGACAUUGUGAGAAAAACUCACAAUGUCAUGACCUGAGCCACCCGACCCAUCUUUACUUGCCUUUUUAGAGCCAAACAACCCUAAAAAUGGUAUUAGGAAACAGCCCAGACUCUUAUUAAUGUUCAGGUCUACAAUAUGCAUCUUCAGAUCUUAAUCAUUAUUUCCAGAGGCGCAAUGCUUACAAACCAUACGUGCCAUAAAGCAGCCUUUCCUAGUCUGGUGCUGUUCAGAUGUUUCGGGUAUCAGCCUGUUAACAUGACCAGGGAAUGGGGAAAGAUCAUGCAAGUUAGAGCCCAAAAUGUCUAAAAUGGGAGCAAGUCAAGGUAGGCAGUUGUUGGCACUUCUAAUCUGAUUCCUUUUUUUGUGCGUUAGCUUUUUGUGUUAUUCUAGCCAAAUUCAGCAGUAGUGUAGUGAGGUAAACAAAGCAUCAUUUUUUUAGAUGACAGGUGUGAUCUAAGUGGAAAUCCUUAAGUUUUUCUGAAAUGGUUUGUUAUUAUUACCAAUCUGCAUAUUAUGGAAAGAUAAACUGCAGAGGAUAAGUAAGCUUGUUAAUUGAUUCUUUUCUUUAUGUGUUGAAACUUGAAAUUGAAAGUACAGAGACAUUGUGCCAUCCAAAGCCUUGUGUUCAGAAGAUCUUUCCAGUUGCAUCUCGGAAAAAAGCCCAAUUUUCCUGUUCACAUGUAUGUGCCAGAUCAUUUUCCUAAGUGAAUAACGAAACCCCUGCAUACAAAUGCAGGACUACCUCUGUGCUGAAUGAUCUACCUGAUUUUAAGUUGGCUUCUGUCUUCAGUGUAGUAACGGAAGUCGUUUUGAAUGGGCAUUUUCUUUUUAUUUGCAGGGCUUUCCCCUUCCUUCUAAGUGACUGGCUUUUUAAGUGACUGAUUUGACAUUACAGAUUUACUUUCUGAAGGCAGGGGUUUCUACUACAUAGCAAAUGUAGUCAUAUGUGGCCUAGUUUAUAAAUUGUCUGGUCUGGUUUUUAAAAUUAUAACUUCUGAUCAAACCAUUUGGGGUAGUUGCUAACAACCAAGAGUGUCUUCUCAUAUAAUGCUUUUUCUACAAGUGAAAACCAUUUAACAAUGAUAGUUGAGUGAGGAUGUAAUAUGAUGGUUACAUCUGGCAUCCUGUGAGCAGGCCAACAUACACAUCCCAGUGGUAAUACUUAUUUUGGAGGGUUAUUAAAUAUCUAAAUCUAGCUCAUUGUACAUCUCUGAGGUUGCCUUCAGUGCAAUGUUACCUGUUGACGCUUAACCUCACAUGGAAAGAGAUUCCCCGAAGACUGAGUAAAUAGUUUCUUGUAAAUGGCUGAGCUUCCCAACCCAAAAGCAUUGCUUUACAACAUUUAUUCAGUUCUUUUGAUAUGAAAUAAUAAUAACCUCACAACUAAUGUUUUAUGUGCAUAGUUUGAAACUAUAUUUUCUUUUCUCUGAUUAAAUUAGCUAUUAUACUUGUUCUAUAAGAAAAUCUGGAAGCUGGACAUUUUCAGACAUACAAUAUAUAGUAUCACUUUCCCUUCCUUCCUUUGAGAGUCUUAAGAAGAUAACCUUGUUUGAAAGCAUAUCUGUGCUUAGGCUAUGAGUAGUGAAUAUGAAAGAGUCUCAUGGAUCUCAGUUAUGUUAUAUAUUUCCCAGAAUUGAAUGGUCUCUAUUUUAUCCCCGUGAGAAUAUCGAGUAGGACCAAUAAGUGGAAAUCUGGGGAAGAGGGAAGAUGUCAAGCACAAAGGGUAUUGUCAGAAUUCAUUUUGCCAAUCCCAAAUUGCAGGUGUGGAAUGGAGGGAGGGUGGGAUCAAUCAUUUUUAAAGGCCACUUAUCUUAGCACUUACUACUUAGGAAAGCACGUUCUGUGGCACCAAGCAUUAAUAGCACACAGGUGUAGAAUAAUGUUUCAUGGAAAUCAAUAAGGUCCAAGGUUGGAGUCCUUGAACUCUUAUGUAAAGCACAGCUAAUGGUUACUUGUAAUGAAGAUUGGAAUAAGGAUGUCAUAGUCUAUUUCAUUACCGUGUCCUGACUCUUAAGUCUUUAAAGACAUUUUUUUAAAUUCCCAGAGUACUUGGAGGUUGAGGAGGGGAAACAGUCCUUUAAAUUGAUUUUUCCCCAUACUGGUCAACAUAUGGACAGACCUUUUGCUGUCUGCAUUUUCAUGCCUUACCAUAUUCAAAAUAAAACUUUAUAACUUCAUUAGGAGAUACAGGGUUUUAUAUUUAAAACUUGUCUUUUUGUCUGAGGAAGUUAUUCUUCUUUCUUCUGAUUGUAUGUUUGACUGGAUCAACACUGGAAUUAGCGAACAAUGAAAAUAAUGCUAGAAUCUGCAGGACAAAUUUCCUUAAUGCUGAGGAGAGGCAGUUUUUCUGAACCGAUGCCUUCUGCCAUUGUCUUUUUGCCCAGUAUUUUAUAUUUAAACAGUGUAAAGUUUGUUUGUGUUUCAGGAUGCAAGAAGUUGAUUAAAGGAAAAAAGUUUUUGUUUUCUAAAGUGACUUUGAAAUCCUGUGGUUGUUUUAAGCCAUGAUUAUUUAAGAACAUGUACAACCUUUCUGAGCUUGUCUUUUCAAAUUGAUCUAAAGCAGUGGUUCCCAACUUUUGGGCCUCCAGGUGUUUUGGACCUCAGAUCCCACAGUUCAUAACAGCUGGUAAGCUGGCUGGGAUUUCUUGGAGUUGAAGUCAAAAACACCUGGAGGCCCAAAGGUUGGGAACCACUGAUGUAAAGGUUUGGAAAGCUGAAUGAAAAUGUAAGCAGAAGGCCUAUAUUUGUCAUUUGAUAUGAGGGUGGCCAUUCGGUUUUUGUGUGAAAUGAAUUUGGAUAUUUGAAUAUUGAGUUUGUAUUGUUUUUGUGAAAUUUCCUCAAGGUCCGUUUUUUAAAAAUGUUUUGCAGUUUUGAUAUUGCAGGCUUUUCAGCUGAAUAUUCAUUGUAAAUAUGUUUAAAUGGUGUAUAUGAAAUACUAAUUCAGUGUCAAUCAUGAUCCACAACUGGGAGCCACUAUGAGAAAUACACAUUCCUCAUAAUUGUUGUCAAGCAUGUUGCUUACCUUGGCAUAUGUGUGGGUAAUCCAUGUUUUAAUCAAGCAUUUUGUGGGUAUGGAUAUAACUGCAGGUAAUAGAAGUGUGAAUCAAUCCAGCUCAGAUGGGGUUGAUCAAGCCCAUUUCAAAAUGCAUUUUCAGAUGCCAGGUGAAGAAAAAUCCUUGUUAAAAUUAACUGCAGUUAAGGAUACUUUCACAGAAAAUUUAACAUAAGAUAAGGGAAAGGAAUGAUAUGGAGCAAAUUUUGAAUUGCUGAGCAAAUCUCAACUUUGGAAAGAGUAAUUAGCUAUUCUGCACUUAUUAACUCAUAAAGUUUCAAUUACAUGAACCCAAUAACCACUUGAGUGCCAACACAUCACUACCUGCAUUCUGGCAUAGAUAUACCAUGCCAAUACAGCAUGAUGUUGUUUAUUUUGGAGUUCAGAACUCACAACAUAUUACUUGUUGGAAUACAAAUUUUGAAUAAUUAUGUUGAACCAAAGCACCCGACCUUUGAACAUUCAAAUCGCCAAUAUAUUGCAAUGUGUAUCUUUGCAAGGUGUAUCAAAUGUAAACAUUGAUCUGACCAUUAUCUAUAAAUGUUUACGUCAUAGUUUUUAGCGUAUUACAAAGCAAAAUAGCAUAUGAAUGCAUCAUGUUCUUUGCUUCAUGUUCUACAUAUUUGGAUUUCUCACAAUUAGAUACAAGUUGGUUUCACAGUUGAGAACAAUUAGAGAAUGGCUGACUUACUUCUUUUAACCUUUUAAAGUCCUAGGCAGAAUCUACAACUAACUAUCAGAUUAAAUUGGCAUAAUUCUGCAGGAAAAAAAAAUGUGGUAUUAUCUUUCUGAAGUUAAGUAAAUGCAAAACUCUGUGCUUUUUAUGGAAGAAAUAGCUUUAUGCCAGGCCAGUUUGGGAGAGAGUCAAUGAAUGAAAUGCACAAGUAUUUGAUUAAGCACAGGGGUAUGACAAGGUGUAGUACUGUUUUUGUACGAUUCCAUUGUUGUUGCAUGUAAAUAGCUUGGGUGAAGUAAGGGGUCUGUAGCACAAUUGCAUUUGAAUAGCUUUGGUGUGGCUGAGUUCUUUUCCCUAAAGCACAGACUGAUCCCCCAAAAUGUAGUUCUGUUUUCUGAUUUCUGUGUCACUCAUUGCAUUGAGUGUUUCCCUGAUCAGUGUUUUUUUUUUCUGUUUGUGAUGACAAAGAAUUAACUGUGGCAUUUUGUUUUUAGGGCUAAAGCAAAGUUGAUCUGAUAAAUGUUCCAAAAUAAAUAAUUGCUCUUACCUGUAAAUGGCUUUCUUCCUGUCAAGGAAAAAAGGCAAUGCUUUGUUCAGUUGUAUAUUCCAAAUGACUAAAGAAAAGUGUAUUCCUAAGUAGAUUUGUGUUUACAAACAGAGAAGUCCUGAUUUUCACAUUAUUGACAGAUAAAUCACACUGAACUGAAGGGAAGCUAGUUCUGCUGAUUCAAGAGGCAGUUUUGCACAAUGCUGGUUGGCUGCUGCCUUCAACUUCAUGAAGCCACCUUCAUCCUCUACCCAGAAAUGUCAUGCAACGUUUUCAAAAAAUAUUCUGUUGUUGGUUUUGAUUUUGUUUCAAAAGUUUGCCUGAAGAACAAGUGACAGUGGCACUUUAAGCGGAUUUGUUAACAUGCACAUCCUGUUUAAAGCAGCCACUAUGCAGGUGAUUAGAUAAUAUUAAAAUUCUUUCUUCGUAGGCGAUUCCUUGUAGCCCGAGGAUGAUGGUCCUCCAAGUCUAGUGUCUUGGCAGUGGGCCCGUAGGUGGCUGUGGAGCCCUAUUCUUGAUCCUAUUCUUGAUUCGCAGUGAGGACAUUGGUUUCCAGGUGGAAAGCGGUCCUGGUCAGGGUUGGUUUGACGUGCCUUACUCUUGACCCGUUUCUCUCUUUUGCCCUCCAUUUGUGCCUCUUUGACUUCUGCAGCACUGCUGGUCAGAGCUGACAUCCAGUUAGAGCACUCAGGGGCCAGGGAUUCCAAGUUCUUGGUGUCUAUGCCACAAUUUUUAAGGUUGGCUUUAAGCCAAUCCUUAAAUCUCUUUUCCACCAACAUUACAUUUCCCAUUCUUGAGCUGGGAGUAUAGUAACUGCUUUGGAAGACUAUGAUCAGGCAUUUGGGCAAUAUGGCCAGCCCAGUGGAGUUGAUGGCAUAGGAGUAUCGCUUCAAUGCUGGUGGUCUUUUCUUCUUCCAGUACACUGACAUUUGUCCGCCUGUCUUUUCAAGAGAUUUGCAGGAUUUUUCGGAGCCAGCACUGAUGGAAUCAUUCCAGGAGUUGAGUGUGACAUCUGUAAACAGUCUACAUUUCACAGGCAUAUAGCAGGGGUGGGAAGACAAUGGCUUUAUAAACAAGCACCUUGGCAUCCCUACAGAUAUCCUGGUCCUCAAAAGUAACUGUCUUACAUGUGCAAAGAGAUACCUGUGUGCGCUACUGCCUUGUCCAAUGAACUCAUCAGAGAAUUUGUCAUGCGUAGGAACUUUAGAUAUGCAUGUACCACACAAGAACUUUGUGUGUAAAUAACACUUAUUAUUCUCAAAGAAAGCAUCUCAUCUGAUAAAAUAUAAAACACAAACUCCAUGCACCUGUAGAACACCAGGUCCUUAUUUAGAACAGAAUUAGGGAGCCUUUGGUCUUGGACUCCUAGAAACCCCAGACCACAUGGCUAAUGCUAAAGUUUUAUGGGAACGGUAAUCAAUGCAUCUGUAGGGCUACAAGUUUCCUACCCAUACUUUUGAAAAUGUUUUGUUGAUUUUAGCACAUGUUGUGGAUCAGUAGAAGUAUAUUUAAUAUUUGCAUGUACCAGCUUCUACUCCACAAUAUAUAAAUUAGCAGCAUGCAUUGUGUAUGGUGUACAAACGCAUGUCACUUAGCUAGAACUUCCUUCUUAGGUCAUUUUUCUGCAAAGUACACAUUUUAGCCACUUCUACAUCUCUGUUUAAUAAAUAUUGAUUGUGCACUUGGUAGUGCCAUCUUUAAACCUUUCCCAUCUGAAGCCUAAAAUCAUUUUGGGCAGAGCCUUAAUCAUACAAGAACCGAUGCACGUGAGAUAAAUAUAGCUGUUAGGAUAAAAUGUGCCCAUUCUGGAAUGCACUAAUCAGAAGCUACGUUUCAUUUUGAGUCCUAAGAUGUGCCCUGCUGCAUGAUUAUUACUAAUUUUCUGAAGUAGUCCUGUUUGGGGUGAAAUGUAGGGUCCUAUUCAACCUCUGGUGACUGUAGUGCUAUAUGGGUGUCAUUAUUAGUGAAACUGGUGUACUAAUUUCUGGUACCUGAUACUGAUUAGUAAGGGGCCCUUGUAUAUAGUCAUUAAAGGGAAACAUACAAAUGCCAAUUUUGCAACUAGUUUUGCAGUGCCCCCUUUUUCUUAGCGAGAAUAGAUUUGGGUUUUCCCCUGUAAAUCUUUGUGGGUUUCAGACUUAGUUAAUUAGAAGUGACUGGGAUUUACUCUGAUCAUGGCUAAUAAAUCUUAUCCAUUGGGUAUAUUGCUAAAUCUAGAUUCAACCCAUCUAUAACCAGCAUUACCUCCAGUGCUAAACAGCUAUGUUUAAAAGCUGCAAAGUCUUAGAAAUGUAUCUGCAGUUUAUUAUCACUGAAGAACAUGAAGAGAAUCUAUAAAAUUACUUUCUUGCCUUUGUGCAUGUGAGCAACCUUGGCAAAACUAAUUAGGAUAAAAGAUAAUCAGUAGUGGACCCAGGCAAUGAAUCCAUGGAUUAUUUUUACCUGGUGGAGUAUGUCACCCCAGUUUACGAGGAAUUACAAAGAGAAGACUUGCCCAUUCAUUUUGCUUGUUGUUGCUAUUGUGGUUUUUCUUUUGGUAGAGCAACGUGGUAAGGCAGACUAAAAAUUCUCAUAGUACAAGACAUUUUUUGUGAGAUCUCUAACUUGAGCUACAUAAUUUUUGACAUCUUAGUUUAUAGCAAACAGAAAAGUAUAGAAUUUUAAAAUCUGCAUCGAUGAACAGUAUUUUAUAUUCAGAAGUUAAUUGUAAUCCAUGUGUAAUAAAGUUAGAAGUGUCCACUGUAUAUAUUAUUCACUAAAGGGAAGCCUGCAUGCGCCACGGUUGUGGCUCUUUCUCAGUGCAUUCCUGAGUGGAUCUUCCUCCCCUCCUUGUUCAAAGUGAAGAUUUUUAUUUUUCCCAUUACAUUGUUGAAGUAGAAUAUUUAUUUUUAUAGAAUCUUUUUUUGGUCAAGUUAUGUAAUGCCAGUCAUUUUCAGUGUAGAGUUAAUCAUUGCAGAUGUAUAACGUAUUUGUGAUCAGUUAAAUCAAAACACUUCAGCAGAAUAAUAAUAAUUUUAUUUUCUCUCUUCUUGAGCAAAUGCUUUAUGCCGUUAAGAGUUCUAUAUGUAAAAUAUAUAGAUCUUUGCCUGUUUGCCUUCCUUAUCUCAAGAAACUGAAACAGUGUGAGAGAGAUUAUAAACAGGGCACAGGAGUAAAUCACCAAAAAUGAUUCACUGGUCUCUACUCCAAAGGCACAUUGGCCUGUAUGGUGCCACAGCUGAAAAGAGACAAGAUGAUAUAUUGUGAAUCAGUGGAAGUGAGGAAAACCCUACUUAUUAGUGUCAGAACAGCACACAAUAUGUUACUGUUCCAUUUGAUAAGGGAUGGGUUUUUUGGAAGUUCAGAAACGUUAACGUUCUUUUUGAGGGUGAGUUCUCUUGGGGCUUUACCAUAAAUAGAUUGCAAAGUGUUAAAAAGGAAAGAUUGUGAAAGUGGUUAAAUUUGUCCAUUUGUUAUGAUGUAUAUGAAUGUAAAAUACCUGCAGAUAUUUGUAUAUAUUUCUGUAACAUAUGUAUAUAUUUGGUCCAUAAAGAUGAGAGCUGGAAUAAUGUAAAAAUAUGCACUUUACUUCUCGUUGAAAACUUUAACAAUUUGUAUCCUGUAAAAUAAAAGCAUCAUUAAAUCAGAAAA